UCACUCAGCUGAGCGCCGCGGGCGGAGCGCGGAGCGCGGAGCGGAGCCGGGAGAGCGACGAACCUCCGAGCGCGAAGCAGCGGCCCGCAGCCCCGCCCGCAGCCAUGGUGAUGUUCAGGAAAGUGAAGACGUUCGAGGUGUGGCUGACGGAACCCGACAAGGUGUACAGCAGCGGGGAGAAGGUGGCCGGCCGCGUGGUGCUGGAGGUGGCCGAGGUGACGCGGGUCAGCGCCGUGCGGGUCCAGGCGUGCGGCAGAGCGCGGGUCAAUUGGGCCAAAGGACCCCAGCAGUGCCGGCAGGAGCUGCAGUACCUGCGCUACGAGGAUGUGCUCAGCCUGGACGAACAGCCUGCGGACGAGGACGGCUCCGUAAUCCUCCGGCCGGGCAAUAAAUACGAGUACAAGUUUGGAUUCGAGCUGCCCCAGGGCCCCCUCGGCACCACCUUCAAGGGGAAGUACGGCUGCGUGGAUUAUUGGGUGAAGGCUCUCCUGGAUCGGCCCUCCUUCCCCACGCAGGAGGUGAAGAAGCGUUUUGAGGUGAUGGACCCCGUGGACGUCAACACCCCCGAGCUGCUGUCCCCCGUUGCUGCCAAGAAGGAGAAGAAAGUGUCCUGCAUGUUCAUCCCCGACGGCCGCGUCUCCGUCAGCGCCCAGAUCGACAGGAAGGGCUUCUGUGAAGGCGAUGAGAUCUGCAUCAACGCCGACUUUGAGAACACGUGCUCCCGAAUCGUGGUGCCCAAAGCUGCCAUCGUGGCCAAGCACACGUACCUGGCGGGCGGGCAGACCAAAGUGUUCACCCAAAAGCUGUCGUGCGUCAGGGGCAAUCACAUCAUCUCGGGGAUGUCGGAAAGCUGGAGGGGCAAAACCAUCCGCGUGCGCAAACUGAAGCCGUCCAUCCUGGGUUGCAACAUCCUGCGCGUGGAGUAUUUCCUGCAGAUCUACGUGAGCGUGCCGGGCUCCAAGAAAAUCAUCCUGGAGCUGCCCCUCGUCAUCGGCAGCCGCUCCGGCAUCGGCAGCCGCAGCUCCAGCAUGGCCAGCCAAGCCAGCUCUGAGAUGAGCUGGGUGGAUCUCAACCUCCCCGAUGCUCCAGAAGCCCCGCCGUGCUAUCUGGACAUCGUGCCCGAGGACCACCGGCUGGAGAGCCCCACCACCCCGCUGCUGGACGACCCCGAUGGCUUCGACAGCCCCAUCUUCAUGUAUGCGCCCGAGUUCAAGUUCAUGCCGCCGCCCACCUACACCGAGGUGGACCCCUGCGUGGCCAACAGCACCAACAACAACACCACCAACACCACCACCAACACCAACAGCACCACGGUGCAGUGACCGCACGCUGCUGGCCUUCGCUUCCGACCUGCAGGCGCUGGAGCCGUGAGCCAGCCGUGAAGCAGCACCCACCGCCGGCAGACCCCCCGCAGCAGCACCUAUGGGUGCUGCGGACCCCAAAGAAGAGAGAGGGGGAGGGAAGGGGGGGGGUGGGGUGCUUUGGGGCUCAGUUUGGGGCUCCCAUAGCUGUGUGUGUCUGUCUGUCCGUCCGGCCGGCCGGCGCUGACCGCUGGCUGUGCUGGGUGCAGCCCAGGUCCCAGCUGCUGCUCUCAGGUUUUGAGUUCUGUGCAUUUCCCGACCCCAGUGGGGUGCUGAGCCAUAAAGGGGGAGGGGGGGGGGUU